AGCAGUUCUUAAGCAAAAUCAAGUAUAUUCAAUGCCUAGUACUUCUGCUCCUAGUGCAACAGCUGUUUCAGUUGGAUCUGCUAGCCCUCCUAGUCAGUCACAGCUUCAAUGGCCAAAGAUUACACAAUCUGAUAUUAGAAAGUACACAAAGGUAUUUAUGGAGGUAGACAAGGAUAGAGAUGGAAGAAUAACAGGUGAAGAGGCGCGUAAUCUAUUUCUCAGUUGGAGGCUUCCCAGAGAGGUCUUAAAGCAGGUGUGGGACUUAUCUGACCAGGAUAAUGAUAGCAUGCUUUCAUUACGUGAAUUCUGUAUUGCUCUAUAUCUAAUGGAACGAUAUCGAGAAGGGCGUCCUCUGCCCCCUGAACUUCCCAGCACCCUUCGGUUUGAUGAGACAUUGUUACAAGCAACAGGUCAACCUUCAACAGCCUAUAGUGGUCCAUCUUGGCAGAUGAGUCCUGGCCUACCGCAGCAUGGAAUUCCUGGAUCACGUCCUACUUUGCCAGCUUCUGGAGCAAGGCCACCUAUGCAUGGUUCAUUUGGUUCUCUGCAGGAUGGUGCACGACAAACAUCCCAAAACAUACCAAGCAUUCCAAUAUCAGAGAGAAAUCUGCAGACACAGAACAAGGAUGAACAUGUUAUCCAAGGGGGAACAGAUGAGGACAACAAGGUUCAAGAAAUGAAUAAGAUUCUGGAUUCCAGAGAGAAGCUUGAGUUUUACCGAACUAAGAUGCAAGAACUCGUUCUUUACAAAAGUCGGUGUGACAACAGACUAAAUGAGAUCUCAGAAAGGGCAUCUUCUGACAAACGUGAGGUCGAGUCACUGGCUAAAAAGUAUGAGGAGAAGUACAAACAAGUUGCAGAUAUUGCUUCAAAACUGACAGUGGAAGAAGCUACUUUUCGUCAUGUUCAGGAGAGGAAAGUGGAAUUGCAAAAUGCAAUAGUCAAAAUGGAGCAUGGUGGAAGUGUUGACGGUUUACUUCAGGUUCGUGCUGAUCGAAUACAAUCUGAUCUUGACGAUCUAGCAAAGGCUCUCAGUGAGCGUUCUAAACAACAUGGUGUAGAAGUCAAGACAACUGCGUCAGUUGAGCUUCCUUUUGGUUGGCAACCUGGCAUACAAGAGGGAGCAGUUGAUUGGGAUGAAGAAUGGGAUAAAUUUGAAGACGAAGGAUUUUCAAUUGCAAAAGAACUUUCUGAUGGACCUGAGGAUGUAGUUGCCCCUCCAAAAAGCUCGCCUACACUUUGGGGUGAUGAGAUAUUUUCAGAUGAAGUUUCUGUUGUUGAAUCUCCUUCCCAUAUGUAUGGAAACACAAAUGAGCAUAUAACUGAGAAUGGAUCAGCAGAUGCUCAGAGUGAAGGUGGAUCAGCAAGAAGUCCACGUGGUAGUCCAGGUCGAAGUGCUUUUGAUAGCCCUCGAGAUUUCCGCUCUCCAUUGCAUGAUGUCUCACCCCAUGCUAAAGAUAGUUACAGUGAUCACGGAGGUGCUGAAUCCACAUUCUCUGGAGACAAGUUCGAUGAAUCUUCAUGGGGUGCAAACUUUGAUGCUAAUGAUGAUAUGGAUUCAGUUUGGGGUUUUAAUACAAAGGACGCCUUUGGAUCCGGAGAUUUUGGUCUAAACCCAAUCAAAGUAGACUCACCAAGUGCUAGCAGUGACUUUGGAAAAGAAAAGAGAAACUCAAUCUUCGCGGAUUCUGUUCCGAGCUCUCCUCUUUUCAAUUCUGCCUCCCCUCCUAGUUUUAAUGACAGAUCAACCAACCACUCCUUCGACGCUUCAAGCCGAUUUGAUUCCUUCAAUAUGCACGAUAGUGGAUUAUUCCAACAACGAGAGAGCCUUUCAAGGUUCGAUUCGAUCCGAAGUACAAGUGAUUAUGAUCGCAGUACUGGUUAUUCUUUUGAUGAUGGAGACCCUUUUGGCUCAACUGGACCAUUCAAGUCUACCGAAAGCCAUACUCCAAGAAAAGAGACUGAUAGCUGGAGUGCUUUCUAAAUGGUGAAAUCUAUUUGCUACAUUUAUGCCAAGAUACGGGUUGCUUUUGGGGUUACUAUUGUCGAGGACAAAAGUUGAAAUUUCUGUCUUUCCAUCUGUAGAUCUCAUUCGGCAUCAACUACUGGAAAUUCUUUUAUGUUGUGUGUUAUUAUUUUAUGACUUGAGCAUGGAAAGAAGAUUGAGUUGUGAUUUUUGCUCAGAAAAUUAAUAAUGGUGUGUGCUACAGAGAAGAUAUAUUGAUGUUGGUUGGUGUAUAUUUGAUGAGUUAUCGGUUUGUAAGCAUUUGAUUGUACAAUUUUGUAAUUUGCACUUGUUUGAAUUGAAUUAUUGGUCUCUAGUGUGUACCAACUUGAGAGUACUUUGCAAAAUAGCGAGAGUUCU